CAGCUGAUGGAGACGAACACCCAGUAGCUCAACGUCGCCUCAGAUUCUCCGCGUUCGUGCUCACCUUAGUCGCUCUUUUUGUGGAUCUUAAAAAAACCAAACAAACAAAAAAACCUUUAUUGGAAAUUGAACCCUCUUCGGUAUUCGAACAUUUGAUCUGUCACAAGUUGAAUGCCCGCGACUGACUGUGUGCGAUUUGAUUCAAAAGCCAACUUCAAACAGCCGCUGGAGCCGCGUUCGGGGAAGCAGAGAGGCUCCGUGUUUUGCGCCGCUCCCGAACCAAGCAUGAAGUCUGCAGACGAAGAGGCCUUUAGCUACGUGCCCAACGUGAGUCUUUCGACCCUGACACUGGGGAUGGGGAGCCCCUGCCUGGGGUCGCAGUACCACAACCUACAGACCAGCCCCGUCAUCUCCGUCUCCUCCUGCCACCAGGCGAGCUACGGGCUCCACGGAGACCCCAUGGCGUCGGGCUACUACCUGCCGCCUGGGCUCCGGCCCCCUCUGGAGAGCCCGCGCAUCGAGAUCACCACCUACACCCAGAUACCGGAGGUGGAGGUGGAGGAGGAGAGCGUGGACCCCCUGACCAAGCGGGUGAACAUCGUGACCCUGACGCUGCCCAGCGCCGACGGCUACCGUGACCCGAGCUGCCUGAGCCCGGCGAGCAGCCUCUCGUCGCGCAGCUGCAACUCGGAGGCCUCGUACGAGUCGGGCUUCUACAACUACGACAACUCGCCGCAGAACUCGCCCUGGCAGUCGCCCUGCGUGUCCCCCAAAGGCUCCGGCCCCCUACACUCCUGUUCGCAUGCCCCCGUCUCCCCCUCAGCCUCUCCACACGUCGCCGCGGCCAACGGGGACGGCUGGGCGCGGCCCCCGCGCGACUCCCGUCCUGGCUCGCCGGCCGGCGGCCACGGCAAGCGCAAGUACGGCCUGGACGGCGGCCCCUGCAGGCCGCCGCUGUACUCGCCGAGCCUCUCGCCCUCCGCCUCGCCGCAGGGCUCUCCCAGGCUGAGCUGCGUGGACGAGGCCUGGCUGGGCACCACCAACCAGUACACCAACUCGGCCAUCGUGGCCGCCAUCAACGCGCUGAGCACGGACGGCCUGGCCGACCUCGGCGAGGGCGUGCCCCUCAAGGCCCGCAAGACCAACCUGGAGCACGGGCCGGCCGCGAGCAUGAAGGCGGAGCCGGGAGCGGACGAGAUGGGCCCUGUCUCGGAGCUCUGCCAGGAGGACUACCUCGGCAGCGGCCGGCUGCCCUUCAAGAAGGAGCGCUACUGUGGCAGCUUCCUGGAUGUGCCCCCGCACCUCUGCUCCUGGACCAAGCCCAAGACCUACAUCAGCCCGUCCCUGCCAGCUCUCGAUUGGCAGCUGCCGUCCUGCUCGGGGCCAUACAGUCUCCAGAUUGAGGUGCAACCCAAGUCCCAUCACCGCGCCCACUACGAGACGGAGGGCAGCCGCGGAGCCGUGAAGGCCCUGUCGGGAGGACAUCCUGUGGUUCAGCUGUACGGCUACGUGGACAGCGAGCCCCUGACGCUGCAGCUGUUCAUCGGCACGGCGGACGACCGUCUCCUGCGCCCGCACGCCUUCUACCAGGUGCACCGCAUCACAGGCAAGACGGUGUCCACGCCCAGCCACGAGGCCAUGCAGACCAGCACCAAGGUGCUGGAGAUCCCACUGCUGCCGGAGAACAACAUGCGUGCCAUAAUCGACUGCGCUGGGAUCCUGAAACUUCGCAACUCGGACAUCGAACUGAGGAAGGGCGAGACAGACAUCGGCCGCAAGAACACGCGUGUCCGGAUGGUAUUCCGUGUCCACAUUAACCAGCCCAAUGGCAGGACCGUCUCCCUACAGGUCGCAUCCAACCCCAUAGAGUGCUCCCAACGCUCGGCCCAGGAGCUGCCCCUAGUGGAGAAGCAGAGCAUGGACACCUACCCCGCCACGGGCGGCAAGCAGAUGCUCCUCAGUGGCCACAACUUCCUCCCCGACUCCAAGGUCAUGUUCGUGGAGAAGGCCCAAGAUGGGCACCAUGUAUGGGAGACAGAAGCCAAAGUUGACAAGGACUCGAUCAAGCCGACCUCCCUGGUGGUGGAGAUCCCGCCGUACCGGAGCCAGCGGAUAGCCAGUGCCGUGCCCGUCAGCUUCUACGUCUGCAACAGCAAGAGGAAGAGGAGUCAAUACCAGUGCUUCACCUACCUUCCUCCGAGCAUCCCCAUGAUAAAGACGGAGCCGGCGGACGACUACGAAUCCCAGGGUGCCCCGAGGAUGCGCUCAAACCCGUACUACGGCCAGCAGAGACUGCCUCCCACGAUGCCUUUGGGCGAGGCGGAGCCCUGCGUGGUGGGAAGCUAUGUCCCCUGCCCACCACGUCCCACCCCCUUGCCCUGCUCCUCUCCCGGCUCCAGCCCUAAGCUCCAUGACCUUUCACCUGUCCCCUUCCCCGGCGGUGCCGCCCCCCUGCCCUUGCCCAGCUCCCCUGACCACACCUCCCUUGCGAUGGCCCAUCCCCAGGGUAGCCCCCACCUCGGUAGCCCCUCCUACCACCCUUUCUACCCUGGGAGCAGCCCCUCGUCCUCUCCGGCCUCCCACCCCUCCACGCCCGGCGUUGCAGCGGAUAGCCCCUAUCUGCCCGCCUACGGCUCCGCCCAGCCCAGAGGAAGCCCACCCACCCUGCUGUCGGAGGACAGCAGCUCCCCUGCGCUGGCCGUCACCAUCAAGCAAGAGCCACAGGAGCUCGACCAGAUGACUCUGGAUGAUGUGAAUGAAAUCAUCAGGAAUGACUUGUCAGGCACCGCUGGCCAUAGCAGCCACUCAUAGGUGACCCUCAAGAUCCCUGACUGAAGAAAGGACCAAGAUGUCUUCCCAGAGAAGCGCUGUUCCUCCGCCUCGCGCUCCUAGACAUGGACUAUUCAAACAAAACUCCAGUUGACUGAAUGUUUCACAUGAAAGGCCUUAAAUUCCAUGAGGUGUAUAAAACGCACCAUCAUUGACUGUUUCUGGGUUUUUUUGUUUCUUUGUUAUGGUUUGUUUUUUUGUGGGGAGUGGUGGGGGGGUUGUUUUAGGUGUUUUGAUUUUUUUUUUUUUUGGUCUUGCCUUAAAUAGAACUGCUCUUCUGUGGACCAAGACUUUGUGAAGAAAUGUUCUCUUGGUGAUGUGUAUACUGACCAAGGCUGUUCUGGACCAAGGCUGUUGGCCAGAGUAGUGCUCAGUAGCCAAACUGUCCCGCGCAGAUCACCGUGUCACUGUCCCGCAACACUGCAGUGCCUUGCUGCAUGCACAAAGCAGGAUGCAAUCCCCUCGUUCCUACGUGCUUCUCAUCAAUAUCUUUUCAAGUCGGUCACAUGUUUGUUUACAGUAACUGCGAAAGGCUGGACGUGUGUAGGAAUGUGUGAAUUACCUAGACCUAUGACUAGACCACGGUGUUGUUUUUUCAUUUUUUAAACCAUAUAAAGAUGUCUGUAGUGAUCUUUACAUAAAUAUGUGUGUUUGA